AUGCCCACAAAGACAAACACGACGAACGGACGGACGGACAAUGCGGCAUUUUGUGCCUCCGAUAACGGAUACCGAUGCACAGUGAUCUCUCAGUAUAACAACUUUGAAAGGAUCACCUCGAAUGGCGAUAGCUUGAGCGGAUCGGCGGCCAAGAGGGAUGACUAUGUCAGCCGGCGAAGUAUAGCGGACUCCGUCUCCUCCACCGCCAAGAAGCCGCCGAUAAGCGGCGGCGGCGCUGGAGGAAGUAACUCCUCCAGUAAUCACACGGAGACCAAUGGCCAUGGCGGCGGCAAGCUAUCUUCAUCAUCAUCAUCUGGCAGCCGGUUGUCCAGUUCAUCUUCAUCCCCAUCGCUGGCCCGCCUGGUGGCCACCUCCGGACUGGAUAUGUACGAAAAGUACAGUCCGGCCAACUAUAAACCCAACUGUGAACUGUCACGUUCCAGGUCGGGGCAUGCUGAGCAGGAGCUGGAGAAUGGAAGUGGCGGCGGCAGUGCUACACCCACCGAGACGGUGACACUGGAUCGGCCGCGUAGCAGCCGGUAUAGUCGCCUCUACAGCAACAGCAGUGAUGCGGGCGGUGAGGUCACGACCAGCUCUGGAAGACUUGGAACGGGCACGGGCACAGGGACGACCUCCCGGAGCAGUAGCGGCAGCAGGUAUUCGAUAAACAAUAGCAACAGCAGUGGGGAUGUGCCCACAGCCACCUUUACACUACGCAGCAGUCGGACGCGUCGCAGUCAGGCGGAGGAUAGAGGAGAGACCAAUGGCGGUGGACUGGAGGCAAAGCUAAAUGGCCUAUCGCUGCUCUCCACUUCGCCGAAGCGGAAUGCCAUCUAUGAGAGCCGGAGUGGGAGCAAUCUAAGGAACCAGGAUACAACCGAUGAUGCUGGAAUCUCUGCUCCAGCAGCGGCAAUGGCAAUGGCAAUGACAAUGGCAGCGAUGCCCAGGCGGAGGUGGACAAUGGAGAUGUGA